AUGGCUACCGCAAGCAAAGAUCAGAAAUCAAAGCCCAGUAGUCUGCGGUCGAUUGUCGCAGGCUCAACGGCGGGGGCAAUUGAGAUUGCGAUUACCUAUCCAGCCGAAUUCGCCAAGACACGCUCGCAACUCAAUCGCAAAUUACCUGAUGGAAAGAAACUGCCAUGGCCAAAAUUUGGUCCUCAAUGGUACGCUGGAUGUACCUCGUUAAUCAUAGGGAAUUCGUUUAAGGCAGGAAUCCGGUUCGUCGCCUUUGAUAAAAUAAAAACGUUUCUCCAGGAUGAGAACGGCAAAAUCUCGGGCCCGCGGACGGUCCUCGCUGGCUUUGGUGCUGGUUUCACAGAAUCGCUUAUAGCUGUUACCCCAUUUGAGAGUAUCAAGACACAAAUAAUUGACGACCGGAAAUCGGGAAAUCCUCGCAUGCGCGGUCUCGUGCAUGGUAGCAAGGUGAUCUUCCAAGAAAGAGGCAUUCGAGGUUUCUUCCAAGGUCUUGUUCCCACAACAGCAAGACAGGCUGCAAACUCGGCAACAAGAUUUUCGAGUUAUACUACAUUGAAGCAGUUGGCCGAAGGUUAUGUUGCCCCUGGAGAAAAAUUGGGAACUGCCAGUACAUUCGCUAUUGGAGGCGUGGCAGGUCUCAUAACAGUUUAUGUUACCCAGCCCCUUGACACCGUGAAGACCAGGAUGCAAUCUCUGGAAGCUAGCAAGAAUUACAAAAACAGUUUCGUUUGUGCGGCAAAAAUCUUCAAGGACGAAGGAGUCCUCACGCUCUGGUCUGGUGCUAUGCCACGGUUGGCGAGGUUGAUCAUGAGUGGUGGAAUUGUAUUUACCAUGUAUGAAAAGACUAUGGAGGCUCUGGACUCUUUCGAUCCGCAAAGGAAAUAUAUAUGA